AAAAUGGACGAUAAUUCAAUCUUGAUAAGUUCAUUGAGUUGACUUAUUGCCCAUAAUAAUCAGCGGGUAAAGAAAACUAUUAUGUUGGGUGACAUAGUUUUGAAUUGUUAAUUAUUAUAAUUGAGUGAUUGGGAGUGAUAAUGCCCGGUGAACCUGGAAGAGAAGAUCGAAAUAGCGUUAUCGAUGAUGUCCUAUCUUCCCAACGAGAACUUGGGCCCAAAGUGCCAGAUGGUGGUUAUGGAUGGGUGGUUUUUGUAGUAACAUUAUUCUUUCAAAUUUUUAUACCCAGUUUGAUCGUCGUCUAUGGAAUACUCAUAGCUUCAGUUAAAAUAAAUGAGGACAUCAAUCAGAAGGAUGUUCUUCAUUUAUGGGACGAAAAACUCACUUAUGUACCCUUAUUCCACACAAUGGGUUGGAUUUUUUUUGAUCCUGCAGCAAGAAAUUUGAUUUCCCGCAGCAGAUGGCCAAGGUUGGUGGGACAGGCGGGAAAUUCUCUCACCUGCGCUGGUCUGCUUUUCGUCUGGAUGGGAAUGACUGGUAACGUCACUUACGUCAACCAGAAACUCAUACUCUUACUUGGAGGACUGCUCUCUGGUAUUGGAUCUUCAAUACAGAGUGCCCAAUGCGAAAUACUCCUGGCCCAAUAUUUCAAAACUAAGCAUCUUUACCUUACACACAUAACGCACGUUUUCGUUGCGUUAGGCUUCAUUCUAACGCCAAUAUUUGUCAGCCAACUGAGGAUGCGUUACGAUCUCCUGCAAGUAGUGCUGAUUUAUCAGGCUAUACUCCUACAGGGCCUCCUACUGAACGUCGCUUUCAAGAAACCGCAAUAUCUGAAGUCCAAACUCGUCCGAUAUCAUUACGUUACGGAAAAUCCGGAUGACGAAGAGGACAUAUUCUCGAAGAGUUUGACCGAACUCAAAAUCAAAACUGAAAACGUUCUCAAGAGAUUCGAAUUGAAGAACGACGGUAAAGCGGUGGCGACAACUUCAGGCGACCAGCCGAAAAGAAACGACUGGGUUGAAUUCGACGAUGAUGAAGGUUCAACGAGUAAAAAUUGGGAGAAAUUCGAAGAUGACAAUGAGUCAAGAAAUCACGAAGAAAAUUACUCGAAAUUGGAAGACUACGAGAGUCCACCGACAGGAUUCGUAAAUGGUCCUGUUCCUCUUUUCACUGAUGUUACAGUCAAUAUGAACAAUACAUACGCUUUUGAUGAUGGGAGUAUAGAGAGUGACCCCAAAAAUAUUCCGACGGUAUUCGCAGAUACCCAAGGUACAACUCAAGGUUUCAAUCCCAGGAAGUAUCUUAGGAUUUUGAGAACGCCAACGUUUUAUAAGUCACUCCUGACAAUUGUCACGACGAAAUACUCGGUAUUUUUGUUUUACGCCCUAUUUCCCAGCUAUUUUUACGUGCGAAUACCCGAUCUACGGUUCAAAAAAACCGCCUUCAUAAUAGGGUGUCUAUCUGUUGGCAGCCUUGUGUUCUCUGGAUUUUCCUAUUGGCUGAACGUGACGAAGCAAAGGAGACCCGUCAUUUUGUUUCUACUGUGUUGGAUAGGAGCUAAUGGAUAUUUCUUAAUAGCCAUGUAUAGCAACAAUGAGUAUCUUGUCAUUUUUGGAGCUGCAGAAAUAGUUCUGAGUAUAGCCAGUUUGCAGCAUAUAGGAGGUCCAUUGCUAGGACUCACCAUUAGAGGUGAAAGUAAUAGUGAAUAUUUUUUAUUGAGCAUACUAAGUGGACUGUCCUUCUUCGUCUUUUUACUAACGGAUUUGUCCUACAAGGACUGUUUUCUUUUGAUGGCUCUACUUCAUAUCAUCACCGGCCUGUUAUGGGUAUUCAAUCAUUUUUAUAAGAAAAUAAAAAUAUACAAUAUCAUGUGACAUAUUAUAUUUAUUCGAUAUCUCAA